UCCAUGAUCUUACUGCUGGCAAAAACCAAGAACUUUGGAUAGACUUAGAAAAAAUUCUCCGGUUCAAUGGUGUAUGCACGAUAUUCAAGUUUCUCAGUCGGAAGUGAGAUAGAAAAAUACCAACUGUCAAUUGAAGAAUUCAGUGGCAGCGCAGAUGACAUGAUGAUACAAGCUUAUAAUUUGAAUGGUUCGUAUUUUUCAACAAAGGAUCGUGAUAAUGACCAUAAUUCCUACAACUGUGCUGCCAAGUAUCACCCUGGAGGAUGGUGGUUUAACAGUUGUACACACUCAAAUCUCAACGGCGUAUACCAGACUUCUAAUAAACAAAACAGGGAGAGUUUGUUCUGGGGAAUAAAUGGUGAAAACAUGAAAUCUACUAAGAUGAUGUUAAGAUCGAAAUAAAAAAUAGGUUCGAACGAAUUGCACCGCGAUCUGUUUAAAU